AUGUGGGCAAUUAAGCAAGUGAACAUGAACUAUGAAGUGGCUGGAAAGAAAAGACUGUUGGAUAUCACUGAACUAGAGGAGAUUCAGAGAAAUGCCUAUGAAAAUGCUGUGAUUUAUAAGGAAAAGACCAAACAAUGGCUUGACAAGGUUAUUGUACAGCGACAAUUUAUCGCUGGUCAACAAGUUUUAUUAUUCAAUUCUCGAAUUAAAUUGCACCCAGGUAAAUUUUGUUCACGUUGUUCUGGACCUUUUGAAGUUCUCGAUGUAUUUCCUCAUGGUGCAGUCACAAUUCGAGAUUUAAGUGAUGGACACCAGUUCAAAGUAAAUGGACAGAGACUGAAACACUAUUUUGGCAACAGUGAUAAAAAGUAA